GAAAGGAACCGAUUGAGUGAUCGAAUUCUGUUGCGCGAAACCGAACCCAAAACCAAAACGAUCGGAAUCCUCGGGCGAAGACGAAUAUAUACCGCAACACGAGCAAUCCGUACCUGCACCCUAUCGCCAGUAAGAUUCGACCGAAUCGAGCGAAUUGACCACGUAACACCCGAUCCGUCGCGUUUUCGAAGGCCUCCGCAGGCUAUUCCCAAUUCCAUGGCGAGUGCCUCGCGAUAGCAUCACAAGUGCCUUUACGUCGCCUAAGCGGCUGGCUGCUUGGCCUGUCUAUCCGAGAUGGAUUCGCCGCGUAUCCUGCCGCCUAGAGUGGCGGCUACCACGACAUCUUGCGCACCUUUUACUAUUACGUCAAAUGGUGUAUUAUCAAUUCCAGGAGCCGACCCGACGACCUUGACGGCCGACGCUGUCUACUCACCCCUAUGUACGACUACCGCGGUGGCCCAACCCGCCAUUAUCGCGAAUGGAGGAUUUGAUUUGGACCAAACAACAUCUGCCUCUAAUCCACAGUUCUCCGACCUUCGCGACCCAUUUUAUGCUUCGAUAUUUCCCCAAUGCUAUGCCUUAGCUGCAACGACUGUUUUGGCCUACUUGCUUCUUAUCAUGCUUUUUAUCGCGCCACGAUCCUUUCUUGACGGCGGAGUAGUUGUUUUGGGCCGACGUGGUUUUACGAAUGGACCCUCGAACGGCAUCAGUAUCGGUGGUCGCCCGUGGCUACAAAAAGUCGCGGCUUUAACAGUCGCUAUUUCGCUAACCAUUGCUACAGCGGAUACUUUCCGCGUCGCCGAGGAACAAUACGCGUGGGGAAUACAAAAUGCGCAGCAGCUUCAGGACGAUGUAUUAGGGGGAACCCAGUUAAAAGUCAUUCAAUUAAUAUCUGAUACCUUCCUCUGGCUGGCACAAGCUCAGACGCUCAUACGACUAUUUCCCCGGCAGCGCGAAAAGGUUAUCAUAAAAUGGACGGCCUUCUCGCUUAUCACGUUGGACGUCAUUUUUGGUGCCCUGAAUAGCUUUCAUUAUACGAAGCAGGGUAACACUAGGCCACGCAGUUUCACAGAUGCGGUGCCGGCACUGAGCUACCUCUUCCAGCUAUCUCUUGGGCUAUUAUAUGCUGCAUGGGUUCUCUAUUAUUCUCUUAUGAAGAAGCGAUAUGCCUUUUACCACCCCUUGAUGAAGAAUAUUUGUUUGAUGGCCACACUUUCUAUCAUAUCGAUUCUUGUUCCCGUCGUCUUUUUCGUCCUCGAUAUCGCAGAGCCUGAGUUUACCGGAUGGGGUGAUUACGUUAGAUGGGUAGGCGCAGCUGCAGCUAGCGUUGUUGUGUGGGAAUGGGUCGAACGAAUUGAAGCGUUGGAACGUGAAGAGAAGAAGGACGGAGUUCUCGGACGAGAAGUUUUUGAUGGCGAUGAAAUGAUGGAGGUUUUCCCUUCGGAUCUGUCUUGGCCUCGACGGCGGAAGAAUAAGAAAAAGAGCGACGAGGAGGAGUUUGACGAGGGAGAUAGCGGCAACAGCUCGUCGUUUGGCGGUCGAAGCAAUAUGUGGCCAGCUAUGUCGUCUAUUGCUAGCCGUGUUAGAUCGAGAUCGGAGAGCAGCCCGGACAGGAGACAGCAAGUUCCGUCGGCGGGCAGAUCAACAACACGGUUUUUACAGCCUCCAUUGUGGCCUCCUCGGCCGCCUCCGGCAGUCACUCCGGUAAGUAGGACGGACACUGCAAGCGCCGAUAGCACCGUUUACGCGGUUCGAUAUCAACCUCUUACGGAGACAACUACGAGAACUACAGACGACAGACCUGGACGCCCAUUAUCUAGGAGUAAUAGUGCCACGUCCUCAGCUUCAGGUCCGGUAUCAGGUCUGGUAUCAGAUGGCAAUGGGCAACCCGGAAGCAGUCCUCCAUCACGCCAGCCAUCGUCAGCGCGUGAACCGGAAAGGAAGGAAGCAAACACGGGCCUCUGGCAAAAUUUGAACCCAUUUAAUCGUGCCGUAAGGGAACCUCCUGCAGAGGUUCUCCCACAUACGGCACCUAAACAAUCCACGCAACGACGAGACUACGACAGUGUUGGUAGAUGGGACUUGCGAGGACGGAUGGAAAUUUUUACAGCGACGCAAGCAGAGAGGAUUCUGGAGAGGAUCCGGCCAACCCCCGAUACGGAUAGCUUACCGGUUACCGUCAUACCCGCCCCUCCACGGCGAGGUGCUGCGUUGGCACAGUUACUCGAAGAAGAGGAAUUGCAAAUCGAAUCACAAGAGCAGCCGGCCCCAUCGAGUUUGAACUCAACCCGCCCGACUAGGACUCCAAGCACAGCAACCGGGUCAAUGCCACCGCCACGUGGGAUUAGAAAUAAUAGUACGGCGUCGUCUACAUCGAGGACAACCCCUAGUCCAGCAGAAAGAAGUGAUCCAUCCUUUCGCAGGCCGCCUAUCACACGCGAAGGCAAUUCGUUGACAGCCUCGACUCAUAGGGGUGGGGACCAACGAGAAAGAAUGGCUGGCGAGAGGCGACCGGUAGAUGAUAUUUUGCGGGAUGAACACAGUCCUGCCUCGCCACCGGUAUAGAAAUCUCUGGCAUUGUCUAUUUUAAUCUUUCUGUGGUCUAAUGAAGCGUGGCGCUUGUGUUGCUUUUUGGGGGGGUCUAGCG